AUGGGAGAUUCCAUGAAACAGCUGCGAUAUGCCGACGUAGCAAUCAAUCUUGGGGACCCAGUAUUCACAGGUGUCUACCACGGGAAAAAGGUCCACGACAAUGACUUAGACGAUAUCGUCCAGCGGGCUCUGGAUAUCGGCUGCCAGAAACUUAUGGUCACAGGCUCUGACUUAGACGAGUCGAGACACGCCGUAGAACUUGCCAAGGCUCAUCCCGGUAUCUGCUACGCCACUGUUGGCGUCCACCCCUGCCAAGCAAAACUCUUCGACUCGUACCCAGAAGGCCCUGAAAAGAUGUUACAAGAGCUGAGGAUCCUCGCACUCGAAGCAAAAGAAACCGGCCAUGCCACCGCAUUUGGCGAGAUAGGUCUUGACUACGACCGCCUCUUCUUCUCGCCCAAGGACCAGCAAUUGAAGUACUUCGAAGCACAGUUGGAUCUUGCAGUUGAGGUCCAACUGCCGCUCUUCCUGCAUUCCAGAGCUGCUAGCGAGGAUUUCGAACGGCUGCUCACUCCGCGUCUGGCGAAGUUGCCCAAGGGUGGUCUGGUUCAUAGCUUUACUGGUACUAUGGAAGAGAUGCAGCGGCUGGUCGACUUAGGAUUGGAUAUUGGGGUGAAUGGGUGUAGCCUCAAGACAGAAGAGAAUUUGGAGGUUGUCAAAGCCAUGCCACUUGAGCGAAUACAAAUCGAAACGGACGGGCCUUGGUGUGAAAUCCGGCCUUCACAUGCUUCAUAUAAACACCUUGAAGGCGCGCCGUUGUUACCGAAAUCCUUUAAAAAGGAGAAAUGGCAAAAGGGCUGCAUGGUGAAGGGUCGAAAUGAGCCUGUGACCAUAUACCAAGUUGCGCACGUAAUUGCGAGUGUGAAAGGCAUUUCUGUUGAGGAGGUUUGCGAAACGUAA